GUUAGCCUUUAGGGAGCUAGCUAGCGGUUAGCUGUAGUAGUACCGCUCAGCUCGUUAAAUCAUAUUUUUGUCGUUCCCGCAGUAACUUUAAAUGUCUUCGGUGUAGUUUGCGUAUUGUUGAUAAAAGACUGCAGUGUAAGAAAGCGAAGGUGGAGGUUUCGAGGCCGAUUUUUUUCUGGUUGAGUUGACUCUGCAGGGGAAGAUGAGCAAUGGAAUGAUAGAGUCAAUAUCAAAAGCCUUUUGGGCCCACUCUUCAGCCACUAAACGGUCUUUCUUUUUACUGCUGGGACUGACCAUAGUGUCCACUGGGCAAGGGUCAGGAUGUGUGAGGCCAUACAUGGUCCAGAACAGCUGGGUAAACCUCACAGAAACCAACAGGGGCUCGUUCCCUGUGGGCACAGUACUGCAGUACAGCUGUGACCCUGGUUACCUGCCAGACGGACCCAGCAUCCUCAUUUGCACCACGCUGGGACGCUGGUCCUCUGAACCUCCUCACUGUAUACGCAGUGGUGCAUGUCUACCCAUCACCAAACCCGAGAAUGGGGGCUACACUUGCCACCCAUCCCCCUGCCGAAUGUUUUCCCACGGCACUGUGAUCGAGUUCUUCUGUGAUGAGGGCUUCGUUCUCAGUGGAGACUAUAACUACCUGACCUGUCAGGAUGGGCAGUGGGACGGCCCCAUGCAGAUCAGUUGUGUAAGCCAAGGUUGUAUAAGACCCUCAAUGGUGCAGCAUGGCUCAACUAAUCUGACAGACACCAACAGGAGCUUGUUUCCUGUGGGCACAGUACUACAGUACAGCUGUGACCCUGGUUACCUGCCAGCCGGACCCAGCGUCCUCACCUGCACCACACUGGGAGACUGGUCAUCUGAACCUCCUCGCUGUAUACACAGUGACGUAUGCCAGCCUCCAUAUCAGCUGGAGAACGGGGGCUACACAUGCCAUCCCUCUCCAUGCGGAAGACUUUCACAUGGCACCAUGAUUCAGUAUUUCUGUGAUGACGGUUAUGCUCUGAAGGGAGAUUAUAAAUUCCGUACAUGUCAGUAUGGGAAAUGGGACAACCUAAUGCCAAUCAGCUGUCUCAUGGAGCGAGGUAAAGGUUGUAUAAGACCGUCAAUGGUGCAGCAUGGCUCAACUAAUCUGACAGAGACCAACAGGAGCUUGUUCCCUGUGGGCACGCCACUAGAGUACAGCUGUGACCCUGGUUACCUGCUAGAUGGACCCAGCAUCCGUACCUGCAGUGCACAAGGGCACUGGUCCUCUGAACCUCCUCGCUGUAUACGCAGUGACGUAUGCAAGCCUCCGUAUGAGCCAGAGAAUGGGGGCUACACCUGCCACCCCUCCCCAUGCCAAAGACUUUCUCAUGGCACUGUGAUUGAAUAUUUCUGUGAUGAAGGUUAUAUUCUGAAGGGAGACUACAAAUACCUUACCUGUCAAUAUGGGGAAUGGGACAGCCAAAUGAAGCUCAGCUGCCUCAUGGAGCAAGACCGUGAUCCAACUUUACCAUUGGGGAUGCCCGCCUUGUCCAUAGUAGCAUCCACAGCCAGCUCAGUGGCCCUCAUCCUGCUCCUUGUGGUGCUCUUUGUACUUCUGCAGCCAAAACUCAAAUCCCUCCAUCGACGUGAUCAGGGUGUGUCCGGGCAGCCUGUGUCCAUCAUGGUUGAAGGAGUCCAAGUGACUCUGCCCUCAUAUGAAGAGGCUGUGAACAGUGGUGGAGCCUCAGCUUCAGCUCUUAGCUCUGAGUCUCGAGUCCAGAUUGUGCUGUCCGAGGGUCAGCAUGCCACAGCGCCAGAGGCUGGCCCCUCUAGGCCUUCUUCCCUCAAACAGCAGCAUUCAGAGAUGGCUGUGGUCCACCCUGUCCCUCUAUCUUCAUCUUCCUCAUCACCCUCACCCUCAUCCUCUACCUGGGUUCUGGAGCACGCAGGUGCUACAGCUCCUUCAUCCUCACAAAGUAGGCCGUCUGCAGGCAGCGACCAACACAGCCUCUCUCUGGACUCUGAGAUGGACUACUCUGAUGAUAUGCCAUUGUUGAAGGAGGCCUGAAACAUGCUGCAGCCUUUGGACUUGCUCAAAACAAACAGAGUUACUACUGGCCUGAACUGGUGAGUGGGAUGCCUCUUGUGAGUUUGUCAACACAGCUGUCAACACAGACCAACCCACCUAAGGAGGAUCUGAGUGAAGCUGUGGGUCACUCAGAACAGUUCCUCUGACCAUCCCAAGGAGAACAGAGAAGGGAUUCACAUGUACAUACAUGCUUACA